UUAUAGGUUAUUUCUGUUUCCUUAGAUUGUCAUUUUAGGAUGAGAGUAAAUCACAACGUUCACUGGGUUGUAGUAUUUUAUAGUAUCCACAGGUUUCUAAACAGUUGGAUUAAUGAUGGAUUUGAGCUUUUAAUUUUAAACAGUGUGAGGAAACACUGGGGUCAUUGAUGAAAAUUGGCACACACUAUUACUCCAUAAUAAAAUGUGCUGUUGGUUGUUUUUUGUUUCGUUUUAUUUUUUUAUUUGAGUAAAAAGUCCCAGAACAGGUCAACGUGGUACUCCACAAGUUAAAUAAACUGCAGAGCUUUAAUCUGAGAGACAUUUUCUAUGUGUAAUUUUCCAAUUUAAUGAACAUCUACAAGGAGACAAUCAAUGUAAAAUCCAUUCAGUAUUUACUAAGUGAAAUAGUUUGUCUUUGCCUUAUAAAGUAAAAACUAACAAUGCAACGAUUUAGUUUCCUUAGUAAAUUAGGAUUUAUUUUUAAGAUUUCCCUGAAUAAACAUUGGAAUGGAUACUUGUUAUGGAUCGAAAAGUCCCCUUGGUUGGACCACAUAGCCUAACGAGCUUGUGAUGCCUGUGCGGCUCAGGCCAGAGGUAUGGAGGGAUGCAUUACAUGUGCUGGCCCCUCCUCCUCCCGCUGCAGUGUUGCGCCGCUGAGCUUGAAGCGCAACAGCCCGGAGAGAGCAGCAGCGACUUCGCCGCCGCAACUUUGAUGACAGGGCUUUGGAGCAGUCGAUGAGCGCGUUUGAAGUGCCUUGCUGCGGGUGAAGACGAGGGCAUCGAGUCUGGACCUGCGCUCCCCCCUCUGCUAGUCGGACCAAAAUGAAAUUUCUGGUUUGUCUCGCAGCGGUCGCCUUGGCGCUGAGAUCCACGCACGCAGGAGCGAAGUUUGAUGAACCAUGUGCGGGCUUGGACUGCAGCGAGGGAUGCAGGUGCAACCCGGAGAAAGGCAGCAGGGGGCAUCCAGGGGUUCUGGGCGAAGUUGGCCCAAGUGGAGCAGAAGGGUCCCCUGGGAGGCCUGGACCUCAAGGGCCUAAGGGAGAGAAGGGCCACAUUGGACUGAAAGGACCAUCUGGCCUUAAGGGGGACAAAGGGCCGAUGGGGGUGCCAGGGUUCCCAGCAAUCGAUGGAGUGCCCGGUCACCCUGGUCUGGAUGGUGGCAGGGGGUUACCAGGACUGGACGGUUGUAAAGGAACCUCAGGGGAUCCUGGAAGCCCUGGCUUUGGGACAGGAUCACCUGGAUUCCCAGGAAUUGCUGGGCCUACUGGGCCAAAAGGUCAGAAGGGAGAACCUCAAUACAUCCCAGAGAAUGGACAAAGGGGUCCACAAGGUAUUCCAGGACCACCUGGUCAAAAUGGUAUUGAAGGUCCUGGUGGUUCACUUGGUUUCCCUGGUCCAAGAGGUCCUGAUGGAUACCCCGGCCCACCUGGUCCUCCUGGUCCCCCUGGACCAAUGGGGACCCGUGGUGACGGAUAUCGAGGAGAGCGAGGAGACAAGGGCGACGUGGGCUUGCCCGGUGACCCUGGUCAGCCAAUGAUCAAUGGCAUUGUGGAGUUUGUGGGUUUUACCAAAGGAGACAAAGGAAUACAGGGUGAACCUGGACCAAAGGGAGGCAGAGGAUUCCCUGGCAAUCCUGGCCUACCUGGGCCUUUUGGCUAUCAGGGUGAAACCGGAGAGAAGGGCAUUCCUGGAUAUCCUGGUGGAAGAGGUUCUCCUGGUUUUAACGGACCCCCCGGCAGCCCAGGAGAACAGGGAUUCAGAGGAUCGCCAGGUUUCCCAGGGCAACCGGGAUACAUAGGACGCAAGGGAGACCAGGGAGACCCCGGACCCCCAGGACCUACUACGUUUAGUAAUGAGAUUGGAACGUCCCUGCAAGGACAACCAGGGGACGGAGGUCUCAAUGGCCUGCCUGGCAUCCCAGGUGCCCAGGGAGCUCCAGGCUUCCCAGGACAACCAGGCCUGCCGGGAACACUAACUAAUGGAUUUCCAGGUCGUCAAGGUUAUCCUGGGCCCCCGGGGUCAAAGGGCGACGCUGGCAACCCGGGCCAACCAAGCUAUGGCAUUGAAGGAGUCCAAGGACCUCCUGGCUUCCCUGGACCUGCUGGACCCGCUGGUCCUCCAGGACCUCGAGCCCAGAGUGGGUCGACUGAUCCCUGCGUCAUCUAUCCUGGCCCAGAAUUCCAGGGUGUGUCUUACCCUGGACCUGAUGGUCUUCCCGGAUCCAGAGGAUUGCCCGGUGACAGAGGAUACAAAGGCUUCAGAGGUGACCCUGGGGACUGUAACUGCCUAGGAGGGGAGUUCAAGGGGCAACCUGGUUUACCAGGACCCGCUGGACCUGUUGGGAGGGAUGGUUUCAAUGGACCAAAGGGAGGUGCUGGUGACCGCGGCACACCCGGGUUUAAUGGCAUUCCAGGACCUACUGGUUUACCUGGAGUAGCAGGAGUCUUUGGUCGUAAAGGGCAGAAGGGAGAACCUUAUUACCCACCUUUAGCGGCGAAAGGAGAGCGUGGAGCACCUGGACUGAUGGGACCUACUGGCGAAACUGGAAAACCUGGCAGAGAUGGGUUUCCAGGCUCCCCUGGAGCCCCUGGACUCCCAGGCGACGCUGGCGUCGGCACAGGCGGAGAGAAAGGUUUCCCAGGAUUCUCGGGGCCUAAGGGACGUCAAGGCAGUCCUGGCGAGCCCGGCGUUGGCUACGUCGGAACGCCUGGCUUUGCCGGAGAGCCUGGAGAUCCCGGUAUACCUGGGUUUCCAGGGCCACCAGGUUUACCUGGAAUGAAAGGUGAAAACAUCUGUGGAGGGGUUUAUGACGUCCGAGAGGGAACGGGCCAGCUGCUCCCAUGCAUCAUACCUGGUGAAGAAGGAAACCCCGGGCCCUCCGGUUUACCUGGUCAGCCAGGCCCUAAAGGUCGGUCAGGUUUCCCAGGAGAACCUGGCCGGCCUGGAUUUGACGGAGCCAAAGGAGAGAGAGGAGAACCCGGUUUUGGAGGCCUACCUGGACCACAAGGCUUCACUGGACCCAGGGGGGACCCUGGACUUCCAGGCAUCCCAGGACAGAGUUUUGAUGGACCCAGGGGUAAAGACGGUGUUCCAGGUUUUCCUGGCGUGAAAGGCCAGCCUGGAGAGGUUCUGGGCGCGACGCCUGGACUGCCAGGAUCUGCUGGUUUACCAGGAGUCUUUGGGGACAAGGGCCAGUCUGGAACACCUGGAACACCUGGGAUACCUGGUGCCGAUGGACGUUCUGGUGUUCCUGGACUUAAGGGAGAGAGAGGAGUUAACGGCCUUCCUGGUUUUCCCGGGCCUCCUGGAUUUUCAGGUUCGCCAACUGAUGCUGUUCCUGGCAAGCGUGGAGUUUCUGGUGAGAGUGGACGGAGGGGACCACCAGGUUUUCCUGGUAGAAAGGGAGAUAGAGGAGAUCCUGGCUUCCCAGGACCUGCUGGUAUGAAGGGAACCCCAGGACUGCCGGGGUUUCCUGGAUUACCAGGGCCAAGUGGACCCCCUGGACCUCCAGGAUUAGGAAACAGAGAGGGAUUUCCGGGAUCACAAGGAAGAAAGGGUGAAAGAGGUUACCCGGGACUGGUGGGCUUUACUGGACCACCUGGGCCCACUGGUGCUCCAGGGUUUCCUGGGGAUAAAGGUAAACCUGGUGCUUUUGGAAGAGAUGGGCGCCCUGGUGCACCUGGACCAUCUGGAAUGAAAGGUGAGAGAGGUCCCUUUGGUCCUCCUGGCCUGCCGACUUCUUAUACCCCACCAGGGCUUCUUCAUAAAGGAGAACCUGGAUUUCCUGGAGGCACCGGCCUUUCUGGCUUUACUGGACCUAGAGGUGACAAGGGUCUGUCAGGUGUGCCUGGUAGUCCGGGUCUGUCUGGUCUUUCCGGUUUGCCUGGGCAGAUUAAGGGACAGAAGGGAGAGCCUGGGUUCCCCGGGCAGCGAGGAGGUCCAGGUUACCCCGGACCGAAGGGAGAAGAUGGAAUCAUGGGAUUCCCUGGCAUGCCUGGACCAAGGGGUGAUGAAGGUGCACCUGGUUUUCCUGGGACUCCUGGAGAAUCUGGUCGACCUGGUUUCAAAGGUCAGCCUGGAGAAUCUUAUGGCAUUAUUGGAGGUCCAGGAAGUAAAGGUCUGCCAGGAGAUCCAGGCUUCUCAGGUGGUCGUGGGUUUGAUGGGGCCCCUGGUGACAACGGCUUUCCAGGAAGUCCAGGUUUUCCUGGAUCAAAGGGAGCUCAUGGGGAAACAGGGCGCCCCGGAUUUAUGGGCUCUCCUGGGUUCCCUGGGGCGAAGGGUCAGCCUGGCUUUCCUGGAAUCAGAGGACUGGAUGGGCCUCUUGGUCUGCCUGGAGGCCUUGGAGGUCCUGGAGCCAAAGGUCUGCCUGGAUCCCCUGGUUUGGAUGGACUUAAUGGGCUUGCAGGGCAGAAAGGUUCCCCUGGAACCCCAGGCGUUGCUACCAACAGCCGCCCUGGUCUCCCUGGUGUUCCAGGGGUGAAAGGAGAACGAGGCUUGUCUUUCCCAGGUCCUCCAGGCUUCUCUGGCCAGAAGGGAACAAGAGGAGAACAAGGUUUUCCUGGGCUUCCAGGGAUCCCUGGUCUGCCCGGGCUCCCUGGUGAGAGUGGGAGGUCCAAUAUUCCUGGACCUAUGGGAGACCCUGGCUUUGUCGGACAGGAUGGAGAUUAUGGUCUUCCAGGUCUUCCAGGACCUCGAGGACCACCAGGUCCAGGAACAGUUCAAGGGGACAGAGGUGACUCUGGGCUUCCAGGCUUUCCUGGCAAUCCUGGCAGCAAAGGAGAACCAGGGCUUCCCGCAGGCCCUGGGUUACCCGGCAGCUAUGGUGUUAAAGGAGUACGAGGAGACGCUGGUUUCAGUGGAGAGCCUGGCUUUAAGGGUUACCCAGGUGACUCUGGUGCCUAUGGAUACAAGGGAGCCAAGGGAGCUCAGGGGAGUCCUGGUCCUAAGGGUCCUCCUGGAACAUUUAUAUCAAUACCAGGGUCACCGCAAUUGCUCAUUGAAGGAGAGCCAGGGAUUCCCGGUGAAAGUGGCCUCUUCGGUGGUCCUGGACAACCUGGUCAGCCUGGACUCCCUGGUCGCCAAGGUCCCAAAGGCCGUAGUGGUUCUGUGGGUAAACUGGGGCGAUCUGGAGCUCCUGGCUUCCCUGGACCUGUUGGUGAUCCUGGACCAACCGGUCUCCCUGGAUCAACUGGAGAACAAGGUCGUCCUGGAGGAGUCGGUCGUCCCGGGCCUCCGGGCAGCGUUGGCCGGAGCUCCAGCAUCGGCUACACUCUUGUGAAGCACAGCCAGAGCUCCCAGGUUCCUAUGUGUCCCCAGGGUAUGGCCAAGCUGUGGGAUGGAUACAGUCUGCUCUACGUGGAGGGACAGGAGAAGGCUCACAACCAGGACCUUGGUCAGCCAGGGUCGUGCCUCCCCAGGUUCAGCACCAUCCCCUUCCUCUACUGCUCUCCCAACGAGGUGUGCUACUACGCCAGCCGCAACGACAAGUCCUACUGGCUCUCCACCACCGCACCCAUCCCCAUGAUGCCUGUGGCCAGGGAGCAGAUACGACCCUAUAUCAGCAGAUGUUCAGUGUGUGAGGCUCCAUCUCAGGCCGUGGCGGUCCACAGCCAGGACACGUCCAUACCCACCUGCCCGCCUGGCUGGAGGAGUCUCUGGAUUGGCUACUCCUUCCUUAUGCACACAGCAGCAGGUGCUGAGGGCGGAGGGCAGUCGCUGGUGUCGCCCGGCUCCUGUCUGGAGGAUUUCCGUGCCACGCCGUUCAUCGAAUGCAACGGGGGCAAAGGCACGUGCCACUACUUUGCCAACAAAUACAGCUUCUGGCUCACCACCGUGGACCCCAGGCAGGAGUUUGUCGGCUCUCCGGCGCAGGAGACCCUGAAGGGAGGCCAGCAGUUCUCCAAAGUCAGCCGCUGCCAAGUCUGCAGCAAGCUGUUGUAGUAGGAGGUGAAAGGCGGAGGGAGGGAAACAUCAGGAGGCGGAAACUCCGAGGAGGAAAGUGAGGCGUUGGUAACGGAGGAUGAGAUAUAAAAAGAAAUCCAUAAAAUCCUGACUGAAUGAAAGUGAGGCUGCUUCACGGAUGGUUUCAGAAUAGUUUGAGCUGCAUUUUCAAGGCGUUUUAAAUUCCCGUUAGGGAUGAACACGAGACUUGGAGGUAGGAAAUGGAAAGAGAGGAGUCCCAGCGACGGAUCUUCUCGACGUCAUCACCGACCAUGGUGCUACUGUUUGUGUUUGUUGUGUUUGCGUUGUGUCCGUUUUCUCAUUUCUUUUUUAGCUUGAAUCGUUCUCGGCUACCUCGGGCAGCGCCGCCCGCGUUGGACGGCACCGCACCGUUUACUCGUCAGGGUGGACGCCUGCUUCAGAGAAGUCGGUUCAGACAGAGUCAGAUGCUGAUGCGGAUGAAAGUGGGUUGAACAUGAGUUCUGGUCUGAACUAAUCUAAGUGAAGCUGAUGGUGUUUCGGCCCACCCAUAGUUUAACAAAAGAGCAUAAAGCUCCUGUUGCUUUUCUCUGAUGACUGUAACUGUCUGCAGUUGUUUUACAGAUGAGGUAAUGAUGUCAUCUGUUCUCAUGGUUGCUCACUCUAUAGACACUGUACCCAUAGUUCUUCUAUUCUAAUAGUUUUGCAGUGUCCAUGCAGUUGUACAUGAAUAGCAAUAGUGUAUCAGCUGCCAUUGUUUUUAUUGUGAGGAUUAAACAGCUCAAGAGUGAACAUUACAUUGUUGUGAUGAAAAUGGUCAUCAACAGGAAGUGUUAAUGACGGCUGCUAUUCCUGGUGCGUUAACAGUGACUUGAAACAUGACGAAUGCUAAAUGUUAAAGGACAAAAAGUUCUAAACUCUGGUUUUUAGCCAAAUAAAAUAUGACAAAGAGAAAAAAAGGAUUAGAGUUAGAUUAAUUUAACUUCUAUUUAAAUUGAUCCUUAUUUGUCCUUUAGAUUUGACGUUCUGAUAAUUCAGUAUGUGAUUUUGGUGCAAAGCAAAUGUGAAACAACCAGUACAGUCGUGAAUACUAAAAGCAGCAGGCAAGGAGGCCUUGAAUGACAGCACUCAUUCAUUUAUAUUGCACUGAUGUGAAGUCGUGGGUUACAACAAUCAACAAGUUGAGUACUGAGGCUUUUUACUUUACAAGCUUUUACACAUUCAUUACGUUUUGACCAAGCUAAUGCUUUUUUUUAUCACAUCACACCUUGAAUGCAUUGACACUAAAUUUGCAGCAGAAAACAAAACACAAGCUCUUUUAUAUAAAUGUGUUAAUUAUUGCUGUACAUAGUGCUUCCAGUAUUUCCCAGCACAGUAUGUCAGAGUAGAGAUCUGUAACACUGUUAGUGCUUCAUUGUAGUUAGUUUAUGCUUCCUUUCACCGUUUUUGGGUAAAAAAGAGGGAAACAUAAGAUCAUCUUUCAUUUACGAUGUAAGUUAAAGUUCUCACCUGAGUGAAACUGGAUAACAUCGUUCUUUUCUCCACUGAUGCCUCCUGUUUUGUUGUUGGACAGUAAAAAGCCACUGAGUGACUUGUAACCACUAUGAUUACUGCGUUCAACACAUAGAUCUGCCUCUCAUAGCGCUAACAUUAUCGCUAUCUCUCGUUUUAUGUUAUUUUUCUUUUAUUUUCAUUUUUGUCUGCGUGUUUGCUUUUAUAAUGUAGACUGUUAUUACUUUGCUUAUGUCAUAAAAAUGAUCUGUAUUAUUCACUGAGGUUGGUUGGAAUGGGAUGAUUAAAUAUAAUGAAAAACCCCUUAAAGUGUUUUGUAUGGAAAAUAUAGUCACCACCUAUGAUUUAUUGACUGUUUUCACCGCCUGUUUGGCCUUAAUCCUAUUUCUAAAUCAAGUAGUUUCACAAAGCAACAAACUAAAUGUGCCUCAAUUGUCAAAGCAAAAUUAAUUUAUUCCCUAAAGAGGAUUUGUAAUAAAACCUGUUGAUAACAUGUCUGUUACGAUGUUGUAUUUCUGUGCUCACACACUUCAAAAUAAAGCAUCAUCUCGUCUGAGGAGG